AUGGCUUCUACGUCAGUGGUUCACUCAUCUUCGUCAGCAUCUUCGAACGAGACCGAUUCUCGAAUCCAAAUCGCGGAGUUAAAUGAGCACAUGGUUCACAGGACAAUAGGUCACAUGGUACCAGGACAAUUGGUCACAGGUCAGAGGAGAAUAGGUCACAUGUUGUCGUUUAUGUACAAAAUGGAAGACAUUCAGUUCUCUCCUAAGAUAAAUACCAAAUGUUACCCGUCGGAGACAAUAAAAAAACUGAAAGACUUGUUAAGCCCUGAAGAAUGGAGGUAUUUCAGUCAUGAGUCGCAGUUUCAGCAUUUGUUUCACAUGCAAUUUGAUGGCACGCUGAAGAUGGCUCCAGCAGCAUUCCUGAUAAACCAUUGUGUCAAUGUGGAGGAUGAAAAGGAAUUAUGGUUUGUUCUAAAUGGUGUGCCCAUUAGAUACUCCAUCGUUGAACACGCUCUCAUAUCCGGAUUGAAAUGCGGUGAGUAUCCGGCUGGAUGGGAAUAUAUGAGGAAAAGCCAGUUUAGAGUGAAGACUUUUGGAAAUCGAAAGGUGUCUAAGGAGAGUGUGAUAAGAUAUCUCGAGAAGACGCCAACUCAAAGGGCUGCUGAUAGGAAGAAACUGGCUGUUAUCAUGUUGCUCGGUGGAAUACUGGAUCAUGGCACCACAGAUGAGUUUAUAAACCAUGAUUUGGUAGACAUGGUGGAUGAUUUGGCUUUCUGUGAGAGAUUUCCAUGGGGACGCUACACAUUUGAUAGAAUGAUUGAUCAAGAAAGAGUUUCGGAAGUGGAGGGCCGAAGAAGAAAUGACACUGUCUUGCUUCCUUUCGAAUGCAUAUCAAAUUUGGGUGCCAACGGGAUGUACAAAGACGUCGAGGGAGCGGAUCCGACGUGUCCCAGAAUGUGCAAGAAGUCUGUCAAAGCAAAUGUUAGAUGGAGUUUCAAGACUGUUAUAGACCAGAUUGGCACUAAAGCAAAGAAGAAGAAGAACAAGAACAAGAAGCACAACAACGACAACAACCGCAAGAAAGAGUCAUACCACCACAAGGGAUACAAAAGGGAGCACAAAGAGUUCAGAGUGUCAAGUCUCGAAGCACUGAAGACCGAAUUGAAGGCCGAUUUCAAGGCCAUGGCUAAAGCAUCCGAGAUGAGAAUCAUCGAUGCUGAGAACCCGGUGAUAGAUCCGGUAGAUAAGGACAUAUCCACGCCGCCCAGGUCCACAGCGACGCCCAGGUCCACAGUGCAAGAGAUCAGAAAAAGUCAUGUUGCGAAAGAAAGAGUUACGACAAGUCCUUUGAUGUGUUCUGUCGGUACCGACAAAUACUAUGAUCAAGAUGUUGGACUUUUUGAGUUAAGACCGAGAGAUGUGACUCCAUUGGAGUCAGAAAAAGAGAAGACAACUGCCCAGGAGGCAUUGGUUACAGAGAAAGAACCGUCUCCUAAGGAGAAAGAGGCAUCGAGCAAGGAGAAAGAGCCCUCGCCUAAAGAGGUUGAUCUUUCUUCCAUGGACGCAGAAGUAGGAAGAAAUGUCCCCGAAGAAGAUGCUGAAGAGAAUGAUAGUGACGAUGAUGCUGGCAGUGGCGAUGAGAACACGGAAGAAGAGGGUGACGCCGAUGGUGACGAGGGUGAGACAACCGAUGAAGAUUCUGAAAAGGAUGACGCCGAUGGCGAUGAUACCGAUGGCGAAGAGGGUGAGGGAACCGACGACGAUGAUACAACAGCUGAAUCUUCUGAUAAAGAAUCGGCUGUCAAAACCAAUGAAGACACAGAUAUGUCUGCCCCCCCUGUUGAACAUGAAGUCAAUCAACCUCCACCAGCAGUUGAUUCCUGUGAUACACAACAGUUGAAAAGAACAAAGAGGAAGCUUACUGAUGGGCCAUCCAAAAGAAGCCCUUAUGUAGAACCAACAUCAACUGCUCCACCGGCCAAAAGACAAAGAUCUCAGGCUGAGGAUGUUGCUGGGGAAGACGACGAUGAGGAAGAAGCUUCUGAGGAUGACGUUGCUGCGGUCGAGACUGAGAAAGGAAUUCUGCAUUCGUCAAGUGAAGAGAAGGUAUUUGUAUGGAAUCCAGAGCGUGUCAACUCGCGUGGAGGUCUCAUCAGGACUCCAGGACUUGUAGAAACAUCUGGUCCACGGGCUAACACUCUAUGGGAGUUUAUGAAGAAGCCAGAGAGACGCGAUUGUGGAAGUCAGAAUUGGAUGGAAUACGUACGUCAAAAUUUUGGGAAGAUUUUCUACAAGUGGGAGUAUGACUCACAGAUACUCAUAUUGAGGAGGCAAUGUGACUUGUCAACUCUGGGAGCUCUGAAGUCGUACUUCGAAGGAAGCCUUCCAACGGGAUGUGCAGGAACGCCUUUGAACACUUACAAUGGCUUUGUAAGUGUACUUAACAUUCCAUCCCUUUCAGACGAUCAAAUCAGUUGCCAUUGGAACGCCAUUCUGGUGGAUUUCAAUGAGAAAUUGCUCCAAGUUUUUGACUGUCAACCGAGACUAAGGGUCAAUGUGGAGAGUGUAGUUCAGAAACUAAGUCGUCUUAUUCCCAAGGCUUGUCUCCUUGCUGGGUCAGAAGCUUUCUCUGAUGGAGACGAACUGGAGAUUGAGUAUGUGGAGGGACUACCUGAGAAUGCUAACGGUUGUGACUGCGGUAUUUUUGCUGCGAAGUAUGUCGAUGCGAUAUGCCUAGGGAAAGAAAAAACGUUGUGCCCAAUGAUCUGUGAUGCCAACAUCUCCAUGAUCCGUGAGCAGUUGGCAGCCGCCAUAUUUGCAAAUGGCCAAGUUCAGAAGAAGUAG